AUGGCACUAUCAGAGUAUGAUUCGGACGUCGACAUGGCAAUCGAACCCGACGAGCAAGAUAUUGACGACGACGGCGACGGCGGGGAGGACGAAGCUUUGGAUGUGGAAUCAGAAGAACUCUCUCCUCCACCUUCGCCUGCAUCCAGACCACGACUGAAGAUCAAGUUAAAACUACCGCAGGUGCCCAGUUCGAACGAACCCUCCAGCAGGGCUACAUCCACCCCUAGCGGAGAAGGAGCCAGUCAGCUACCAUCUCGCCGCGGGAUUUCCAAAGAUUAUGUGGAAUCAGAAGAUGGGGACGAGGAUGACGAUGACGAGAUGGUUGGGAGCUCCGCUCGUCCCAUGACUUCCCGGCAAGCCGUGCUGGCGAAAUCGUCGAGAAAGAAGAAACAGCUAACAGAGGAGGAAAUUGCCCUCCGUCGAGAAGAGACGGCCCGCAAGCGGAGGAACCUUUCUGAAAAGAAACUAGAAGACGAAAAGAUGGAAACUAUCAACCGCCUUCUCAAGAAACAGUCGAAGUCGAAAAACAAACGUAACAUUCUGUCAACUGCAGAUGAUCGCACGCCAGUGUCCGUCACCCCUGCCGUGGUCUCGUCCACACGCGACGGAUCUCAACCACCGCUCGAAGCAGAAAUGCCAGAGCCAGUCGAGGUGAUUCCUACCUCAUACCGAUGGAUUUCGACCAUCAAGCCACCACCUGCCGCCGCAACGUUGACGAGUACAAGUACGAGUGAGGACGUGGCAAUGAGAGACAACAACAUAGCGGAAGUGAGGAUGCCUCCGGCGACCAUUCCGAUCUGUGACUAUCGGCUCGUCAAGGAUUGGAUGAGAGGUGCAUGCGGGAUGGAUCAUCUGAAGGAUCUCGAACGGCAGAUGACCACAUAG